AUGGGAGCCUUGCACAAAGUUUCGAUGUGGGACUUUGUGCAAGUCGCUGUGGUGGUGACGCGUGUCUUGGAGAUUAGGGGAGAAGACGUGUCUGCCUUGCAUGGUCCUUGUCGUUCGGCAGGGGACCAAGAUGGGCCUGCAGCUAGCGGCUGGGCUCAAGGUUUGGGCAAAGGUGAGUAUUUCAGCAAGAAGGUUGGGCCGUUGUUGUGUGGGCUUCAGCAAGUGAAGGUGCUAGGACAUGCCGUUCGGCAAGGUCUAUGCGGCAAGGAAGCUGUUCACCUGAGGAGGCGUUCGACAAGGAAUGUUCGGAAUGGACUUUUUGGGCGAGCACAUUUGGAGUUAUGGCCUGACCCUUGCCGUUCGACAAGGGUGAUAAGAAGGAACCGGGGGUUGGGCUUGUGCAAGUGGUUUUGUCGUGAUUUUAAAUCGAGCAGUGUAGUGGAGAGUGCUUCGGCAAGACUAGUUUUGAAGGAGUCGGGGCUGCUCAAGCUUCGAAGAAGGGUGAUUUUGAGCUGGUCCUUCAACAAGCUGGCAUUCCUUGUGAAUCGAUCCUUCUUGCUCAACCCUUGUCGUUCGGCAAGGUCACGAGGCUUGUUUCACUUUAUUGGCAAAGCAGCUUGGGCAAGCCCUUGCCGUUCGGCAAGGGUGGCCCUGAGAGUUGCUAGGGCUCAGCAGGUUGCUGUUUAUGCAAGGAGUGAGGGCCUAGAGUUGGGCUUGCCUUCGGCAAGGCUUGGUGUGUACGGGACAAGUCUAGCAUCUUCAGCAAGAGCUGGGCUAUGGAGGCGGAUUCAGAAGCCUUGGGUUGGGCCCUUCCGUGUUGGUAGUGGUGAGGCUGAUGGGCCUUGGACGUGA